AUGACCUCCAUCUCUCCAGCGCAACGCCACGACGCUGCCACCACCACCCAGUCGACCGACCCUGAACCUGCCUCGGCGCACCAUGGGAAAUCGCCCUCUACAUCUACUCCAGUAAACAACAAAGUAUCGAUGCAGAGCAACCAGCCAGCCGGAGUGACCAUCGUGAAUGGCGCUCCUUCGUCCCAAGGCGAUAACCACCACACCAGAAAACAGUCGGUAACCAUCAGCUCUGCUGGAACCACUGGCUAUCUCCCCAACGGCGGCCCUGCUGCCGGUUCCAAUCGCAACAGCAUCCAGUUCGGUUCGCAAGACCAGCAGGCUUCUCCUGCCAUGGCCUCGCUCUCCAUCCCCCCCGGCGGCCAGCCUCAAGCUGGCCUAGGCGUUGCGCAACCUGCCAAUCCUCGCGCGACUUCGCCCUCGACUUCCCCUGCGCCGAUUCCCCAGCCUGCCUCGAGCGGCGGUCGUCCACCAUCCACCUACCAGAUUCAAGGAAACGCGCCGAACUUUGGCAGCUUUGGUGACUCUGGUGAUAAUCGCCAGGUACGACCAAACCAGCCACCGAUGGGCCCUGGACCCCAGGCCACCCACCUCCGCCGUGAAUCUUCUCAAUCCGCGCAUAGCGACAUGGCCGGCCACAUUCCUGGCGCGCCAGCUGGCCCCGGCCGUGGCGGCUAUCCACACCAAGGCGGACGCGGCCGCGCCUACUCGCAGUCCGGAUACCAGAACCAGAUGGCCUUUUCUCCGACUCCUCCCUUUCGGUCGACACAGAAUGCUCCUCGCGGUGGCGGCAACAUGGCGCCUCAAUUCCACGGCCCCAACCAAGGACGACCCCUUGGUCCUUACCCGAACUCGCCACACCAAGCUGCGCGCAGCCCUGCAGUUCAGAACGCCCACCCUGUGACGCCACAGAUGAACCAACCACCUAUGGCACACAACCAAGUACCAGGCCAACCCUAUGGCUCGUACAACCAACAUAUGGGACCCCAAAAUGUGAGGAACAACCGCAAUCACACUCUACCUAGAUCGUUCAGGAACCCCAAACCACGACCCAAUCUUGGAGAGUCUCCGAAAACGAAGAGUUUUCAAGGAACCCGUGGACAGCGAGACUCUUCCGCACCCUUACAUUUGAAACAUCCUCUACCUCCCACUCCUCCAAUCGCCCUACACCCCCAAAAUUUUCCCAAUCUAGCCCCAGAAACAGGAGAAUUUGAGCAAUAUCUAACAUUGUUGAAAACCCAGAAUUAUCCCCACGGCGGCUACGACCCGAACUACUACUAUGGAGCGGCAUAUGGCAUGCAACAGAAUAUGUACAUGCCGCCCUCCCCGCAACCUCGACCCGGCGUUCCUUAUGCCCCCCAGGCACCCUACAUGGGAAACCAGUACCAAGCCGGUGGUGUUCAGCCUCCUGCACAGUCUACUCCCUUGUCGAGGAACCCGUCGCAGGUCUCUAAUGACCGACCGGGCUCUAGCCUUGGUCAAGGACCUGCUCCCACAGGUGCCCCCGCUUCUGGACAUGCUCACACUGCUAGCAGGUCAUCGAACAGCCCCGCUCCUCAGAAGAGCACUUUCGUGAUUCCCACCCCGAAGAAGAGUGCUAUCAUCAUCAAAGACCCGAACAGCGGUGCCGUCAAGUCGUUCGACAAGCAGCAACCGGCCUCGCCAGCUCGCGCUACUCCAUCGCCCGUCAAGAACUCGGCUCCCACACCACCACCUCGUACCGCCAGUGGCCCUGACCACUCCCGCACAGAUAGCAAGUCGGUGAAGACGGACGAGGAGAAGAAGAAGGAGCUCCGCGAUGCAGUUCGUCUGAAGAUCGAACAGGAGGAAGCCGAGCAGCGUCGCAAGGAAGAGGAUGCUAGGAAGGCCGUUGAAGGUCUCUCUCUUGAGGAGAAGACCGAAGACAAGCCCAAGGAGCCGGUUGCCGAACCAGUGACUGAGGCCAAGGCCCAGCCACCUGUCGAGGCAAAGAAGGCCGAUGAAAAACCUGCCCCCGCCGCAGAGGAAGAGAUUGACUUUGAUGCCAUUGAGCGCGAGCUUGCUGAAAUCGAAGCCAAGGAGCUUGCGGCAGAAGCCGCAUACUACAAGGCGAAGGAGGAGAAAAAGGCUGAGGAAGCCCGGAAGAAGAAGGAAGAGGACGACGCUUAUGAGCGCAACAUGAAGCAAGCCGAGCGCGAGGCUGAGGCUAUCGAGGAAGCCCGUGCCAAGAAACUGGAAGCUGGAGGUGCUGACGACAGCUCGAAGAAGAAUGUCGAAGGUUUCGCCUCGCUGCGCAAGGCCGGCGAAACCGCAACUCCCGACGAUAGUGGUGCUGCUACACCUGCAUCGGAUGCUUCUAUGGGACCUCCAUCGAAGCCGGCCAGCGUGACGAAAGCAAAGCCUGGCCCGCUCAAGCUCGAAACCACCAAGGCUGUCGAGCCUCCUCAGCCAAGUGCUGCUCUGAAGUCUCUUAGCAGCGCCAAGUUUUUGGAAAGCUUGUCAACCGUGACUUAUCCUUCCACAAUUGUUUCUCCCAGCCCUGCUCUCAACGACAAUGCGCCUUCGGACCGCAAGUUCAAGUAUAACAAAGAGUUCUUGCUUCAAUUCCAAAAUGUCUUCAAGGAGAAGCCUACUUUGGAUUGGGACCAGCGCGUGCGCGAGACUGUUGGCGACAGUGGUGAUUCAUCCCGGCCACAGUCCGCUCGUACCCCCGGAAUGACUAGCAGAAGCACUUCCCGACAAGGCAUUCCCCCAAUUGGCAGCUUCAAUUUCCCAGUCGGUGGUACAUCAAAGGGUGGCUUCCCCAACCCUGGCCGUACCCCUUCUAUGGGAGGUGGAUCGUUCGUGCCAUUUGGCCGUACUGGAUCUAUCGGACCAGGGUCACUCGGCAGCCGCCCAGGCUCGUCUGCUGCUCUGCACAAUAUGCCACAAUCUCCUCGGACAAACUCCAGGGCUGGCACUCGCUCGUCCAGAAAAGGUGACAAGCAUUCCGGCAAGAGGGAAGAGGAGACCAACAAGUCAAUGCCUCUUACUGCGGGUGGCUCUGUCAAGCCUCUUGCUCUAUCAACUACCGGGUGGAAGCCUCGCAGCAUUGGUCAACAAACUACUGGCCCCACGCCAGGUGGUGAGGGCACCACUUACAUGGCCCCUGACGUCGUCCAACGGAAGGUGAAAUCCAACUUGAACAAGAUGACCCCGGAGAACUUUGAUCGUAUCUCGGAGCAGAUCCUUGUGAUUGUCUCUCAGUCUAAGGACGAGACCGACGGCCGCACCCUGCGCCAGGUCAUUCAACUCACGUUCGAAAAGGCCACUGACGAAGCCCACUGGGCUCCAAUGUAUGCCAAAUUCGCCAAGCGCAUGCUCGAAAGCAUGAGCCCCGACAUCAAGGACGAGAGCAUCCGGGAUAGGAACGGUAAUGUCGUUGCUGGCGGCAACCUGUUCCGCAAGUACCUCCUCAACCGCUGUCAAGAGGAAUUUGAACGUGGCUGGAAGGUCAACCUGCCUGAUAAGCCCGAGGGUACAACCGAAGAAAUUGCUAUGAUGUCGGACGAAUACUACACCGCAGCUGCGGCCAAGCGUCGUGGUCUUGGUUUGGUCAAGUUCAUUGGUGAACUCUACAAGCUGGGCAUGUUGACAGAGCGCAUUAUGCACGAAUGUGUCAAGAAACUCGUUGAUUACGAGGGCAUUCCCGACGAAGCUGAGGUGGAGAGUUUGACGAGUCUUCUGCGCACCAUUGGUGCCAGUCUCGAUGCUUCUGAGAAGGGACAUGCUAUGAUGGACGCUUACUUUGGCCGCAUCACAAUGAUGAUGGACACGCCCGACUUGCCCAGCCGUCUCAGAUUCAUGCUUUUGGAUGUUGUUGACUUGCGUCGCGCAAACUGGGUAUCGAAGGGCGGUGACAAAGGCCCCAAGACCCUUCAAGAAAUCCGUGAAGAGGCUGCUCGCGCCCAGCAGGCAGCUGAAAUGGAACGUAUUCGCCAACAGAGCAACCGAGGCGGCGGCCGUAUGCCUAUGGGUCGUGGUGAUGCCCGCAACUUCUCAAACGACUACCGCAACCAAGCUCCUCCGCCUGAUUUCGCUUCCAGCAAGGUUGGCACCGACGAUCUCCGCCGUUUGAAGACGGCCCGAACUGCCAACCAGCCCAUGUCGUUUGGACCAUCCAGCAUGUUUGGUUCUCGUAGCAACAGUGGCCGUAAGAACCUGGGCCCUGGUGGCAACCUGGUUCGCGGUGGUGAGGACAGCGGAGCAAGCAGCCGUACCGGCACUCCGCCAGCCGGAAAGAAAGAAGAAAAGGAGUCUAUGAAUGCAUUCAGUGCCUUGGCCAGUCUCGAAGAUAACAUGGCAACAUCCCCCCCGUCGAAUCCCAAUUCCCCCGAGUUGAAGAAAUCUCAACCAGUGAAGAGCGAAGAAGCGGCUUAG